UGAAUUAAACCUUUCCAAAAUGCGCUGUCACAACCAUGUUGUGAUACGUUUUUAUGAGGUGAGACUGAGGGAACUGGGCCUUUUCAGCCUGGAGAAGAGGAGACUCAGAGGGGAUCUGUUGGCGACAUACAGAGAGGACGCAAGGCAAGGAGGAAGAAGCUGUCGGGAUCACUUCCGGUCAUCAUCCCCUCGAGUGUGGGAAAGUGGCCAUUGUAUUUCCCACGGGUGCGGAAUGAGCGGCUGCAGCGGGGUUGGUAAUAAGGCCACAGGAGAGAAUGGGAUGGCGGAUCAUUGGCGGAAACGGCUCACAUCAGCAGAAGAGGUCAAGGCGUUACCAUGGCUAUCACAAGAGAACAUUUCCCUCUUGGCGAAGGCUGAUGACAGCUGGGAGACCAAGAAUGAAGGAAAAAAUCCUGGGAUAUUGCCGGAAAGGGGUUUGACCCAAGAUGUGGAAAGAGGGUCUGAGAAUCAGGAGCAAAGGCAGGACAGAAGCCUAAUGGAGAACUCAAGGAAAGAAUCCUUUACUUUUGAAAGUGGCGACUUCUCAGAAGUCCAGCAAACAAUAAACACUGGAGAGGACAGGUUCAAAUGCACUCUGUGUGGGAAGGUAUUCAGGGAUGACUCAAACCUUAAGAGACACCAAAGAACACACACCGGGGAAAAGCCAUAUCAGUGUAUGUACUGUGGGAAGAGCUUCAGUCGGAACACAAACCUGGCUUCCCACCACAGAACCCACACAGGGGAGAAACCGUAUGUAUGCUCUGUGUGUAGCAAGACCUUUUGCGACAAAUCGAGCCUUAAUAGGCAUCAGAGGACCCAUACGGGGGAGAGGCCAUAUGAGUGUGAUGAGUGUGGCAAAAGCUUUGAUCUGAGCCAGUCUCUUAUUAGCCACCAGAGAACCCACACUGGAGAGAGACCAUACCAGUGCUCAGAAUGUGGGAAGACUUUCAACCGGAGUCAGAACCUCCGGAGUCACCAGAGAAUUCACACCGGAGAGAAACUGCACAAGUGUUUAGAAUGUGGCAAAAGUUUCAGCCGCAGCCAGAACCUUACAAGACAUCGGAGCAGCCACACUGACGAUAAAUUGUAUAAAUGCUACGAGUGUGGGAAAAGUUUCCGCUUGAGCCAAUCGCUUAUUAGCCACCAGAGAAUUCACACAGGAGAGAAACCAUAUACCUGCUCUCAGUGUGGAAAAAGUUUCAACCUAAGUCAGAACCUGAUUAGCCAUCAGAGAAUCCACACUGGAGAAAAACAGUUCAAAUGCUCUGAAUGUGGGAAAAGCUUCAGCUGGAGCCAGGAUCUGCUCCGCCAUCAGAGAAUCCACACAGGAGAACAACCAUAUCGUUGUUCUGAAUGUGGGGAACGCUUCAAUCGGCGAGAGAACCUUAUUAGACAUAUGAGAAUACACCUGGGAGAAACUGCUUAAGUGAGAAUGAAAUGUAUUUUAAAAAAGCAUUACAGUCUAGCUAGCCUUGGAUACUAUUGCAAGUUUUCUCCCCAGUCAAAAAUACAUGAAUAAAUGACAUUUUAAGAAGGCAUAUUGUGCCACAUGGAUCAUUACCCCAAAUUUCUUAUUUAAAGAAGCUACCUUGACUCUGCAAGGUUAAAAUGAGAGUGGUAGACCUAGUUGAAAGAACCACAGAAAGAAUUCUGCUAAGCCAAGGGCACCUUGAACUUCUCCGAGGAGGUUUGCAUAAAAAGUGGUGUUGGUGUGUGUGUUUGCUGUUGAAAAACAAAGGUUAAAAAACAAAUCAGCCACGUGCUGUUAAUAGCCAAUAUGUAUUAAAAGUACAAAAGGUUGAACUUCAGCAUUUUGAGAAUUCCUCUCCCUCCUGCCUUCCCUCCUAGGAGUCCAGGGUAUGGCACACGGUCCUUCUUUCCUGAGCCUUCGCCACCAUUUUUCCCUUGAAUAUCCUUGUGAAGUGUUUGUAUUUAUCAUAAUAAAAGAAGAACUGUGUCUCUCUGUCCAUCUAUCACUGCCGUAGCUCCAAGA